AUGUCGCAAGCACCAAACAAGCAAAACUCAAUAUGGAACAAAACGAAAGUCAUUGGCAAGAAAAACUUCGACAAAGCCUGGGAUGCACUGGACAAACUCGGUCCCCCCGUUAACCGCCUGACUAAUAAACUCGGUUCAGAGGCUUUCUGGCCCAUGACAAUAGACAAAGAAAGCGAGAAGGUGGCCCGCAUUCUUCAGAGCUUCUGCAAGGAUGGCGUAUAUGCCGAAGAAUCCAAAGAAAGCACUCCUGCACUGGAAACGAAAGGAGCAAAACAACCGAUCGAUAAGCCGCGAGGAAAGCCGAAAGUGUUGCAGAAGAUCCCCUCCGAAGUUAUCCGACAGGCGAAGGGACUGGCUAUCUUUACGGCUAUGAGAACGGGGCUAUGGUUCAGUGGUGCGGGCGGCAGUGGUGUUCUUGUUAGCAGAGUGCCUGAAACCGGCGAAUGGAGUGCGCCGUCGGGUAUCCUGCUGCAUACAGCCGGCUUGGGAUUUCUUGUCGGUGCAGAUAUAUACGAUUGUGUGAUGGUGAUCAAUACGUAUGAGGCAUUAGAGGCAUUUACCAAGGUUCGCGUGACUCUCGGAAGCGAGAUCAGUGUCGCUGCUGGACCGGUGGGACUUGGUGGCGUGGUAGAGUCGGAAGUUCAUAAACGGCGAGCCCCGAUCUGGACCUAUGUUAAGAGUCGAGGAUUUUAUGCGGGUGUGCAGAUUGAUGGAACAGUCGUCAUCGAGCGUAUAGAUGAGAACGAACGAUUUUACGGUCGGAAGAUUCCCGCUAAGGAGAUCCUGAAUGGCCACGCCCGGACCGACAAUCCCUCGGUGAAAAUGCUGACGCACACGAUUCGAGCGGCGCAAGGCGAUGUACAGUUCGAGCAGACACCCUCGGGAGUUAACAUGGUGACGGGGCCAAGUCCCAGCGAUCUCCAAUAUGAAGAUCUUGCGGGCACUCAGAUGGCUCAGGUCCAGCCGCCUCCGGAUCAUGGGCCGCAAUACAAUACUGGCCUACAGUACAAUGCUCAACCACCGUACAAUGUUGAACCACAGCACAACGCUGGACCACCAUACAAUGCUGAACUACAGAACGACCCUGGGCUACGGUCCGGGGAGUCUCCAAAUCAUGGGCCGCAAUACAAUACUGGACCACACGACAACCAUGGGCCACAGUCCAAUAUCCCCCUCAAUGAUCCAAACGCUAUGGUGUCUUGUCCGAUAUGCGGAAACUCGGUAUCAUCUCUGAAAAUCAACGAUCAUAUUGAUUCCAAUUGUCAAAGCUUCAUUGAUAAGCCAACGUCUAGCACUGGGGACCUGACUUCCUCUCACAUGGCUCAAGUCCAGCCACCUCCGAAUCAUGGACCGCAGUCUAAUGCUGAACCACAGCAUAACGCUGGACCAUACAAUGCUGGACCGCCCUACAAUCCUGGGUUUCAGUCCAAUACUGGACCACAGCAUCACGUUGGACAACCCUACAAUCCUGGACCACCCUACAAUGCUGGCCCACAGAACAACGCUGGACCACAAGACAAUACUGGAUCACCGUACAGUUAUCCGCCCCAGCCCAAUGCUGGACCGUACAAUGCUGGAGCACCGUACAAUGCUGGACCACAAUCGAAUGCUCAACCACCGUACAAUUCUCCUCCACAGCACAACACUGGACCACCGUACAACACUGGGCCGCUACCGAACGCUCAACCACCAUACAAUGCUGGACCAAAUGCGGGACCACCAUAUAAUCCUGGGCCACCGCACAAUGCUGAAACACAGCACAGCGCCGGACCACCGUACAAUGCUCAACCACAAUACAAUGCCGGGCCGUACAAUGCUGGACCACAGGACAAUCCUGGCUCACAGCCCAAUGCCCAACCACCAUACAAUGCUGGGCCACAGCACCACGCUGGACCGUACAAUGCUGGACAAUCUGGGCCUCCAACAUACUAUUGA